GCCUAAAAUGGAGGAAACUCUUGGAGCGGUUAAUGGCCUUAGAAGCCAUAUGUCAGCACCGCGGGGCUGGCCGCCCGAGGGAAUGUCUGUGUACCAGCACCUGGCACAACACAUGCAAGACAUUUCUGGAGACAGGGGGGUAUUAAAAGAAGUGAUCCGUUCUGGAAGUGGGGAGACAGUUCCCUGUGAUGCAACAGUGAUCGUGAGGUAUUCUGGCUACCUGGAGCAUGCUGACAAACCUUUUGACACCAAUUGUUAUCGACGUAACCCAAGGCUCAUGAAACUUGGUGCAGACAUUACUCUUUUGGGAAUGGAAGUCGGAUUGCUGACUAUGCAGAGGGGUGAACUGUCAAGGUUUCUUUUCUCACCAAAGUAUGCCUUUGGAACCUUGGGCUGCCCACCGCUCAUCCCUCCCUCAGCCACUCUGCUCUUUGAAAUCGAGCUGUUGGACUUUCUAGAUACGGCUGAAUCAGAUUCCUUCUGUAACCUGACUCUGGAGCAGCAAUCGACAUUUCCACUGGAUACAGUACUCAAGAUCGCCAACACUGAGAGGGAGUUUGGGAACUACCUCUUCAAGAGAAACCGAUAUGAAGAUGCUAAGGAUAGAUAUAAGCGGGCCUAUUCAGUGCUGGCUCGCCUACCCUCUUGUGAGGAGGAUUGUAGGCCCUUAGAUUCAGCUCGUUUGUUUGUGAAUUUAAAUUUGUCAAUUACUUAUCUGAAGCUGGAACGUCCUCCUCGUGCCCUUAAAUGGGGAGAAAAAGCACUGGCCAUUGACAGCAAGAACACCAAGGCAUUGUACCGCUGUGGGCAGGCCUAUCUGGAAAUGAGAGAAUAUGAGAAGGCCAAAGAGUUUUUAUUGGCCGCACAGAAGAUGGAGCCAUUCAAUCUCGAGAUUAACAGCGAACUGAAGAGGCUGGCAAGCUGCUACGAGGACUACAAGGCUGAGCAGAGAUUGAUGUGCUACCGCAUGUUUGCUCAACAAUCCUCUGCAGCUACAUCAGGAUAAAGGUAAUCUGAAUUCACAACUUACUUAAUUGUCAAUAGACAGCCUUCUCCUUGUGAUCCCCAGAUCGAUCAGAGCUGCAGCACCAGUUUUAAC